GUGUGGACAAACCACUGAUUACGAACCAACCAAAUUAACUCCAGUUUUGCGCACCGCGACUUAAUCUGAUAUCCUCAAGAAAGUGUCAGGGUUGACAGUUGGACGGAAUUCUCUCAAUCUGAUCAACAAUUCCAAGUAAAACCGCAUCGUAAAACUUGAAGAGCACAUAAGGUUAAUUGCCUGGCGUACAAAAAUCCUCACAAUUGCAAGGAUUUUUUUUUCUUUUCCCACAGUAAAAUGUAUAUUCUGUCGCCAUCAUGCGCAAAGAGGGCGGCAAUUUAAUUUCCGAGUAUGAAUAAGGCCAAUAUAUGGAUGGCGUGUCUUUUGAAUUUCUAAACUACAUUUUGGUAAGAUCUGACAACUUUUGACUGUUAUAAUGGUCUACGCAUGCGCAAUAGAAGAUAGCAAAUCCGACAGCACGUAGCCACAGUAUAAAUUUCCGGGACAUUGAUAUACUUUCACAAUUAUUUGUUUGAUCAAGGAUCAGGUUUUGCAAACCCAGCUACCGCUCACAUAGAUGACAUUGCUUUCUUUUUCCGUUUCUAAAGCAGAUAGCCGGUAAGACUGGACAAGCUAGUGUUAUAUAGCCGAAAACCCGCCUGCAGGCGAUAUCUUGUCUUGAAAAGCCAAAAAGGCGCGAAGUGUUAAUGACAUAUUGGUUAUUGGCGCAGAAAGAAAAAAACAGUUAUUCAAAUUGAAGUUGAAAGUAGAAUGGCGAAUUUCGAAGGGGCUUUUAAUGCGUCUAUUAUGAAUACAUCGAGUGAUGGCCUUCAGGCGAUGGUUCCUUGUGAUCUCUUUUCUCCUUCGAGUGCUGUUGUUCGGAGUAAAAUCUUCGCCUACUCAAUCCUCAUCCCAGUGGCUCUUUUAGGGAACAUUCUUACGAUUCUCGUCAUCUACACCAACAAGAACAUGAGAACCACUCUGGACUACUUCAUCAUCAACAUGGCCAUAUCCAAUCUUCUGAUUCCGGUUGUUGCUCUUCCUUAUCAAAUCAUCAAGACUGCCAACAACUCGAAUGUAUGGUUGGUAGACGGUACGACUGGUGAAUGUCUGUGUAAAGUAGUUUUUUUACUGGUUGAUGUAAGUCCAGUUGCUUCGAUCUUUAGUUUAAUAGGCAUGAGCUUGAAGCCAUUUAGGGCAAUAGUCUGCAGGUGUAGAAACGAGAGCUACUUCUUUGUUAGCUCAAGACGUAGGACAUUGCUAAUCCUAUGCAUCUGGUUAAUGUCRUUGACCAUUUUUUCUCCGUAUUUCUACACUUUUCGUCUUCACCGCCAUAACAACACGACGUACUGUGUACAACGCUGGAGCCCAGCUUUUGAUCAAGUCAAAGCACAUCGUACUUUCUCAGCCAUCGUUCUAGUCCUGGUCAUCAUCAUUCCAUUCUUCAUCCUAAUUACUCUUUAUUCGGCUAUUUUGAUUACCUUAAUCAAAUGCCUUCCACUCUACAAUCCACAAUCAUCAGCAGCGCGAAGCCGUAGAAAUAAGACUAUCAAAAACACUACAAAAAUGGCCUUUACUCUGGUGCUUGCGUUCGGGUUAUGUUGGGGCCCGUACAAUGUUUUCAUGAUCUUCUGGGGUUUUGCCUGGGACUGGAAGCCUCUUCCAUCUUGUAAUUGGUACCUAAUUUUCCUCUGUGCACAGUUCCUCACCUAUGCAUACAGCUGUCUCUGUCCCUCGAUUCAUUUCUUGUUUUUUAAUAAAUACAAGCGAGGGAUGAAGAGACUUUUCCUAAGAUUUCUAUAUGUUACUUCAAAUGGAAGCUAAACUUAGCAAAUGUUGAAAAACGUGGGGCUGAAAUUUUAUUGAUUUGGUGUUAAAUGAUGCAAUGUUAAUAUGAGCCUCAGGGACAGGAUUUCCAGUUAAAUUUAAAAAUUUACGCGCCGGCCUCAAAGGAGUAGUCAAAGUUAAGUUUGCAGCAGGAAUUUCAAACCAAAACUAUCACAGCAAACGUUCAACUCGAGUUGGGAAUAUUAUUCUCAAUUGUCACUUCAGAAAAUGUGGAAAAAACCUUCGAGCCGCUGGCGAAUAAAAGGCGCAACGUGGCAUACUUCAUUAGAAAUUGAUGCUACGCUUGCAGACAUGGAUAUGUCUAUAAUUCAAAUCAACUCUUAAACGCUUUCAGUUCUUAUGAACGCCACUCAAUUUACGGCUAUAUAUUUUAAAUAAAUAAAAAAACAACGCCUAAACCUUAAGACUUAAAAACGAGAUUCUGAACAAAAAAUAAACAAAUAAUGAUAAUGAUAUACUAUUACUAAAAGGAAAAAAAAUGCAUUACCCUAUAGCGGAUGUGAACUCAUUAAUUCUAUACAAGAAAAUGAAGUGAGUAUGGUAUCGAAACCCGAAAGGUUCUUUAGGGACAUCUGGAAGGGCUUGUGGACGAGGGUUCUAUUGGUUGAAUGUGUACAACUUUGGAAUAAGAUAUUCAAUGGGGUAUUCGAACUCAUUCCUUUUAAACCCUUCAUUUUGAGAAGACUAUUCACUCUAAGUGCACUUGUGUCUCUUAGUAAAGUCAUUUCAGUGUAUGUAUGUCUUUUGUUUUGAAAAAUACUUAGCUUAAUAAAACAGUAUAAUUGCG